AUGCCCCGCGAUCUGAUCCCCAUGUCCAAGGUAGAUGACUUUGGCUUGAUCCACCUCGCACGCAAUCAUCCCUGGAUUAAUCCGUGGAACCCCACCAUUGCCAGCUGUGUCCGCUCUAACCACGACAUCUCUUGGAUCCCGACAGUGUUCAAGUCCUUGUCUUUAAUCUAUUACAUCACCAAUUAUACCACGAAGGACGACGUUUCACCAUGGCAGAUUGUGGCAAAAGCAGCCCUGUUGAAACAACGAAUUGACAGAGCACACGCAACCGAAUCUCCAACAACAACCGAUCUGCGGCUUCGACAGCAGGGCUUGGACAAAUUUGCACUUCGCUGCUUCAAUACCCUUGCACAUGAUCGGGAGAUCAGCGGCGUCCAGGUGGCAAGCAUUUUGCUCAACCUACCAACUUACUACACAGUCAGCUACAACUUCAACCGCAUCAAUCUAUGGUGGCUUAGACGGUAUGUGCGUCAGAUCAUUGAACCUACUAAUGUCGAUAACGGUGAAUCAUCCAGUCCUAUGAAGGAAGAACGCUGCGCAUAUGAAGCUGGCAGAACUGCUCCAAUCAGCAUAUUUGAUAACUAUAAAUGGCGUGGGCCAUAUCUUGCUUGCCUCACACUCUUCGAAUAUUGUAUGCUCGUACGACCCAGGCAUGUCCGAGAUGCGAUUGUAGACGACCUCUGCUUUGACCUGCCACACCCUCAAAGCAAGACUCAUAUGCAACGCCUGGCUCGCGACUCAUCACAGGUCGCCACUGUCAACUUUAACGGGCAGCUAACUGAGUUUCAAGCCACAGAGGAUGCCGUCCCUGGAGGCCAUCCGAAAAUGGUCGCAAGUAUGAAUGACCUGGCGGAGAUAUUACUCGGGUUAUUUGUUCCUUGGGAUCGGUUGCCCGUACUUUUCCAGGAACAUGCCGUUGCCGUAGAGCCGAAACGGAAUGCUUGCUCUCAAAUAUGGGCUAUCGUUGAGCCCACCCUCCAGCCCUAUAACCGAACCUUUGCGGGGAAUGUUGAACUGCUGCGAAAGUCCAAAGAAGACGGCGAGGCUGAUGCGAAGCUUCGACAAGUACCGAUUGGAGUUGACUCUAUAUUCGACCGCGAUCUUGAUGAGCUUGGAACAAGUAACUUUGACUCCGAUGCUGACGAAACCAUCGACAAUCUGGAUGAAAGUGUGAAUGUCGAGACUCUAAUCGCCGCCUAUCACUCCGUCACAAAGACUUGGGACCAUGAAAUUCUCAUCACUGAGCGACGUGUCCCUUCUUUGGUACACACGAUUACUCGGAAUCGAGGUGCACUGCUACAAAACCUUCUACCACUCAAUCUCUUUGACAUCACUGUGUCUGGGACCUCUGGUCUCAGUUUCUUUUCGUCGUCCACGUUGCAGCAAUGGGAAUCUCGACUCAAAGAACUUGCCAAACUUGGUGAACUUGCUCCAGUGCACAACGAUGCAAUAGGGUCAGCGUAUGAUAUAGAUGACUUCACUUUAAAUGUAAAUGAUGGCAUCUUGGAGCCUACGCUCAAUGAGCCGAUCGCGAUUCCUAUCCUACUGGACCAGCGGUCAGUUGUUGACACUUCGAACCCUGCCUCUUUAACUUUGCUCGUCAGCGAGUUUAUUCCGUUAAACACGAAACAGCGUCUCGUCGUUGAAAAGGUGCUAAGCGGGGCAUUAGGCUGGGCGAACCAUCCUUACGAUCCUUCGAAGCGAGAUCAGACUCUCCUUUAUAUCGGGGGUGAAGGGGGUGUGGGCAAGAGUCAAAUCGUCAAAGCCAUUUUGACCGGGAUGGAUCUAAUUCGCCGCAAAGAAGAGGUGAUCGUGAUGGCCCCCACUGGUGCCGCAGCGGACAACAUUGGUGGUAACACGUUCCACACAUCUCUGGGAAUUUCUAUUACCCGUAAUCAAGGACAUACCAUAACUUCUCGCGUGAGAAAGCUCUGGUCCCGGAAAACAAUUAUGAUCAUUGAUGUAGUCAGCAUGCUGGAUCUAAGUAUGCUUAGUGUCAUUAACAACCACUGCAAAAUGGCGCGAUCCCUCGAUCAACGUUCGCCCGACUUAUUCGGCGGUUUACCUAUAGUCAUUCUCAUGGGUGACUUUUUCCAGUUUCCACCUGUUCGAGGCCCUGCAUUGUGGAAGGAACCAAGAAGGGAGAAUGAUACGGACGAGAACGGUCGACUCAUAUGGCAUCAAUUCAGAGAUGUGAUUGUCUUGGACGAGCAGAUGAGGCAAUCCGCGGACCCCUCAUUUCGAUGCCUCCUCUCCCGAGCAAGGACAUCGACUUUAUCCGAAGGCGACCUACGCCUGCUAAACUCUAAGGUCGUCACCUCCUUGGUGGACCCUCAGCUGGACGCUGCGACGACAGUGGUAAAGCUCAAUUCCCUUCGUCACCAGAUCAAUCGUAUUAGGAUGGAACACUUUGCCAAGGCUCGCUGCCAGAAGAUCUACGCCUUCCCUGCUCAUCACACACGAACCAAGUCCACUAAUCCAACCAACCCUCGCUUGCGUGUCGACGACUUGCUCCGACAACCGGAUCAAGGCACUAUGAUCCCCUUCCCGGGAAUAUUUCUGUACACACGGAAUAUGCCUUCAGUCAUAUUAUCAAAUAUUUGUACUCGGUUGGGACAAGUCAAUGGGGCGACCGGUACCGCUGUCGGUGUUGCCGUUGACCCGGCAGGCGAGUAG